AUGAGACAAAUGAGCCAGUUGACUCGUUUGGCUAGGGUCGGCGAUAAUUACGUCUUUGUGAAAAAUCCAGAUCCGAGUACGUGUCCCGUUUCGCCACAUAAUCCUACCAACUCAAAACAUUCAAAACGCAAUCUGUCCAAUUCGUCUUUAUCACCUACCCUUGGCGAUAAAAAAUCAAAAUUUUUCAUCACACCAAACAGAUACGCCGUUUUCGACUCCGACGAAAUCGAAACUACUACGCCAUCUAAUAUUUCCAUAUAUAGUCAUGGCAGCUCUCACAUUCCCGAUCAGCGGGAAGAUUCUCCAGCACCACCAAUUUAUAUCAAAGAUAUUUCAAAUUAUUCAUCAUUCGAAAACCUCUUAUCGGUCCGAAUGGAUUCACUUGCAAAUCGUCAACAUCAUAUCUUAUUGUUCAGCCCUCGGGUAUGUCAAAUUUUAACAUAA